GAGGGGAGGGAGGGGAGAGAAAGAGAGAGAAGGAGAGGUAGCUUCCCGGCACGCACACACACAUGCACACACAGCACCAGCAGGCUAUAGAGAGAGAGUAUCAGGCACCCGGGACACCAGAAUGAAGACCCUUCUGAGCUGCGUGUGCCUCCUCGUCUGCGCCGUCAGCGUGUGGAGCCUUUCCUGCGGGUCGUGGGGCGCGGGCUGCAGCGAAGAGGUGGCCGCUCGCCUCAAGUGCCUGCACGGGGUUGCCAUCUUGCCCUGCAAUCGCUGCGAGUGCGCCAAGGGUCUGAACAUGCCCUGCGGCGGCCCCUGGAACAUCACGGGCAAGUGCGGCCUGGGGCUCGUCUGCAACAAGGACUGGGCUGACUUCAACUCGGAUGGCAUCUGCGUCAACGCCUCGACCAUGGCACUGGCACUCGAGGACCGGAAAGAUCCAUGAACGAUGCUGCCGCUUCUUCUGGGCGGAGGUGGAAGGGGUCACGGCGUUGGUGCAGAAGGGGGUGGGGGAGGAGGUGGUGGUGGAGAGAAUGGUAGGAGGGAGGGAAGUGGAGAAGGAAGGGAAGAAGAUGGAGAUGG